AUGUGGUUGAUUAUUCUGAUCACGCUGUCGAUAGCGUUAUUUUAUUAUUUAAUAACAAAAAAUUUGAAUUAUUGGAGAAAUAGAUCCGUACCUGGACCUGAUCCCUGGCCUAUAGUAGGGAAUAUAGGACCAAGCCUCAUUGGGAGACUUCCAGCAGGAGAAAUAUUCACAAACAUAUACAGGAAAUAUGAGGGGUACCCGUUUGUGGGAAUAUUUCGAGCUACUACUCCCGCCCUGCUCGUUAGAGAUCCAGAUUUCGUGAAAAAUAUCACAGUCAAAGACUUCAAGCACUUUCAGAAUAAUGACUUACAUGUCGACAAAGAGGUUGAUCCACUAUUCGGUAGACAUCCAUUCGUAUUGAAAGGAGCUGAAUGGAAGAUCAAACGGGCACAACUGUCUACUUGUUUUACUUCAGGAAAGAUGAAAGGUAUGUACCCUUUGAUACGAAACUCCAGUGAAAGAAUGGUGCGAUAUAUAGAAGACGAAAUUUCAAAGUCCUCUACGAUGGAAAGUAGGGAACUCUGUGUCAGACUCACUUUGGACAACGUUGCCAGUUGUGCGUUCGGCCUUGAAGGCAGAUCGUUCGAUGAACCGUAUUCUAGUUUCAGGCAGAUGGCUGAUGAAUUUUUUUCUCCUGAUAAUUUCUGGAUGUCCAUCAGAACCACUAUUUUAUUCCUCAUUCCAGCACUAGGAAAGUUCUUCAAAAUCAAAUUCGUAUCAGACACGAUAACACAAAAACUAUUGAACACUGUCUCAUCCACUUUGAAAUACCGAAAAGAAAACAACGUUGUCAGGAAUGAUUUUCUCGAAUAUGUCAGCCAACUUGGAGAUAAUACAAACGUAUUUACAGAUGUAGAUAUUACGGCUAGUGCAGCUAGCUUUUUCGGAGAUGGGUAUGAAUCCAGCUCUAGGGCUAUGAGUUUUCUUUUAUUCGAGUUAGCGAGAAAUCCACGUGUACAGGACACACUCAGGCAGGAGAUAAUAGAAUCGUACAAAAAUAAUAAUGACUCUUUUUCUUAUGAAUCCAUUCAGGAAAUGUCAUAUUUGGAUGCUUGUUUCAAUGAAAAUAUGCGAAAGAACUCUUUAGUCCAUCAACUCACGAAACUUUGUACGGAGAAAUACACCUAUACGCCAACCAAUCCGGAAUUCAAGAAAUUGACGGUAACAGUGGAACCUGGAACACCAGUCAUAUUGCCUAUCACAGGGUUGCAGAAUGAUCCGAAAUAUUUCGAAUCUCCAGACGAGUUCAAACCCGAGAGGUUCCUCGAUAAAGACAAUAUCCAGAAGUUCACCUAUCUACCAUUCGGCGAAGGUCCUCGAUUGUGCCUCGGUCAACGCUUUGGUAUAACCCAAGUAAAAGUAGGCCUAGUGCACUUGUUAAAAAAUUAUAGAGUGACGGUGAAUCAGAAAACACAACUUCCUCUGAAAUACGAUCCUUGGUACAUAAUGUUACAUGCUAUAGGAGGUCUGUGGAUCGACUUGCAUAAAGUAGAAUGA